CGACGCUCAAAGCGUAGCGGAGAGCCACCAAAACAUCCCGCUGGAAAGGAUUGCCGAUUGAAUAAAUUAUCCUGAAAUAUAGCAUUCAUCGGGCAGGCAUUGCUGUUCUGAACACGAAAUAGUUUAUUCACAGGUUUUCCCUGGCUGUGUUUUCAACUUUUUAUAUGUAACCCACUCAAGAGGAUCCAUGUCUUUUCUUCGUUGGGUAUCUGAGAAACUCAGUGUGGAGAGCCUGCGGGAUUUGGACUUAUUUGGAGAGCAAGCUCAGGGAUUCUCUCACGGGAAAGCCCAUGAGGACAGCCGGGAGAGUCUGACCUCCCUCCCACGCCGGGACACCAUGGGCAGCUUCCAGCCCGACAGCAGCUGCUACGAGCUCCUCUCCGUCAUCGGCCACGGCCUGGACAACUUGAUGACGGUGAACCUGGCUCGAUACCGACCCACCGGGGAGCACGUGGCCAUCCGACGGAUUAACUUGGAGUCCUGCACUAACGACAUGGUCAUUUACCUGCAGAGCGAACUACAUGUGUCUAAGUUGUUUCAUCACUCCAGUAUUGUACCCUUCAAGAGCGUCUUUAUAGCCGAGAAUGAGCUCUGGGUCAUCUCCCCCUUCAUGGCUUAUGGGUCAGCCCGAGAUCUGAUCUGCACACAUUUCGCUGAUGGCAUGACUGAGCUGACCAUCGCAUACAUUUUACUGGGCAUGCUCAAAGCGCUUGAAUACAUCCACCGCAUGGGAUAUGUGCACCGGAGUGUGAAGGCGAGCCACGUGUUGAUCUCAGCCGACGGACAGAUCUACAUGUCAGGUCUGCGGAGCAUCUUCAGUCUGAUCCGCCACGGCCAGAGGGCCAGAGUUGUCCACGACUUCCCCCAGUACAGCGUCAAAGUGCUGCCCUGGCUCAGCCCUGAGGUGCUGCAGCAGAACCUGGAGGGCUACGACUCUCGGUCGGACAUCUACAGCGUUGGUAUCACGGCCUGUGAACUGGCCAAUGGACACGUGCCCUUCAAAGACAUGCCAGCUACACAGAUGCUGCUGGAGAAACUAAACGGGACGGUGCCGUGUCUGCUGGACACCACCACCAUCCCACCAGAGGAGCUGUCGAUGAAGCCGUCUCGCUCCGGGGCGGACUCAGGCAUCUGCGAGGCCCCGGCAGCCGGAGGUGUUCGCCACUCCAACGGGGAGCCCUCGUCCUCGGGGUCGACGGGCAGACACCCGUACAACCGCACGUUCUCCCCGCACUUCCACGCCUUCGUUGAGCUCUGUCUGCAGCGAGACGCGGAAAAGAGGCCGUCCGCCACCACUCUCAUAGGCCAUCCAUUCUUCAAACAGAUUAAACGGCGGCCCUCCGAGGCGCUGCCCGAGCUGCUGCGGCCCGUGUCCCCGAUCACCAGCUUCCAGAGCUCCCAGCCGCAGGACACUCCCUCCGGACUGGCCAGUCUGGAGUCGGACCUCAGCCACCUGGAGGUGGACGAUUGGGACUUCUGACAGCGGGGGGGUGGUGGAGAGACACUCACGGGGUUUUAAUGGACAGACCACUGAGCACUCCGGACGAGCUGUGUUUUUGUAAUGGUCCCCUUGUAAAUAAUUUCAAUCUUAAGCUAAACAGGAGUUGCUGUUCUCUAAAGGUUAAAAACCAGCAGCCACCUUGCCUCUUUUUGGAGUCAGUCACACACACACACACACCUCUUUAUUCCUCUUGCUGCUGCUGAGGUUUCAGAGGACGAUCUGGGGGUGUGGAUGGAGCAGUGACCUCAAGAUUAUUGUUAAAUGAAUCGGCGGAAAGCUGCUGCUGCUGCUAAACAUUUGGCGGGGAUGCUCUCUGCUCAGUGAGAGCGCCGGCCAUCGCAGCGCGCCACAUGGAAAGGUCUGCGUGUCGAGGGUCAGCUAAAUUAACAGCAUGUUACACACAUUUUUUAACCCUCUCCUUGUGUUAACAUGUUCACCUCUUUGGAAAGAGGUUACGCAUGGCCCCUGUUU